AUGGCGAUGCUUUCUGCUGUGGGGAGCGUCGACGUUCCAGAUAUGUCUGGAUUUGGUUCUACGGAGGUCGUUUUCGAUCCCUCACCGUCGUCCCCCGAGGGAUCGCGCUCCAGCGUCUCACCUGAUCGCCCUGACCCUUCCACUUCUUCUCCAAUCCCUAGUCAUCAGUCUGAAGUCAUAUCGAGGAGUGAAGAGUAUCGCCAAUUAUUUCGGCUUCCAGCUGACGAAGUCCUUAUUCAGGAUUUCAACUGUGCUUGUCAGGAGAGUAUUCUUCUGCAGGGUCAUAUGUACCUCUUCCUUCAUUAUAUCUGCUUUUACUCCAACAUCUUUGGCUAUGAAACCAAGAAAAUUAUUCCAUUUGCAGAAAUAUCUUGUGUUAAACGAGCAAAGACUGCUGGCAUUUUUCCCAAUGCCAUUGAGAUUUUAGCUGGAGGGAAGAAGUACUUUUUUGCAUCGUUUCUUUCCCGUGAUGAAGCUUUCAAGCUUAUCCAUGAUGGAUGGUUGGAAUAUGGCAGUGCUGUCAAAGCAGAAGGCGAGAUUCAGGAUUCUUUUUCUGAGUCCAACAACCAGGUAAAUGAUGGAGUUGUUAACAGGGCACACAGUUCCACGGAUUUGGCGAAUGAACUAGAUUCCCCAUCAAGGGAUGAACAACAUCAUCUUUCAGGCAGUUCCAGUCUUCCUGUCAUUAGUCAAAAUGGCGUUUCACCUUCAUCUGUAACCGUUCAGCGGCACGCAGAACCAGAUGUAGAUACUGUGGCUUCUUCUUCAACCAAUACAUUUGACUGGAAGCCUAAAGACUUAAAUGCACCUAAAUUAUCAUCUGAUUUUACAAAGGUAGCAGAGGCAAAGUUUUCGAUUCCAGUAGAAGAGUUCUUUAGAUUGUUUUUCUCAGAUGGUGCUGUCAGUUUUGUUGAGUCUUUCCAUAAAAAUUGUGGAGACAAAGUAGAGAUUUUCGUACUUGCAGAGUUUAGGUGUACCUCUUGGCAACCUCAUGAAAAACUUGGACACACCCGCAAUGUAUCAUUUCAACAUCCAAUAAAAAUUUAUUUUGGUGCAAAGUUCGGCAGCUGCCAGGAGUCACAGAAAUUUCAGAUGUACAGAGAUAGCCAUCUUGUUAUUGAAACAUCACAGGAGAUCAGCGAUGUGCCCUAUGCAGAUUAUUUUACAGUAGAGGGAGUUUGGGAUGUGAAAAGAGAUUGCAGAGACUUGAUAGAAGGUUCUAUAUUGGAUGUUUAUGUCAAUGUGGCCUUCUCUAAAAGAACAGUGUGGAAAGGAAAAAUAGUGCAGUCAACUUUGGAAGAGUGCAAAGAAGCUUAUGCAACAUGGAUAAGAAUGGCACAUGAAGUGUUGAAGCAGAAGAAGGUGGAGAACCAAGCAGUGAAUAUCUUGAGGGAAGCAUUGGCAAGUGUGACGUCAUAUGUGAAGAGGCAAAGCGGGACAAGGCAGGCGUUAGUAAUAGCGUUUGUGGUGAUCCUUCUGAUGCAGGUGACGAUAGUGGUGCUGCUGAGGAGAGGGCCGGAGCAAGUGGAGGUGGGGAACAAGAGGUACGACGGGGGGUACAGUGGAAGUGAGGAGAGUGUGGGGUGGCUGGAGAAGAGAAUGCAUUUCCUGAGAGAAGAGAUAAUGAUGGUUGAGGAUCGGUUGCAGAGGAUGCGACAAGACCACGCCUCCUUGAAGGCUCAGUUCCACCAACUCGAACGCCUCCUCCUCCGCCACCAACACUGA